GGUCCCAGCCGGGGGCAUUUUUGCUUCUCUUCUUUAUUAUUCAUUAUUCUUGCUGUCUUUUUUCAAGCUUUUUCUAGGCUUUUCUACUGGAAUGGUUCUCCAAUUUCUAUAUACUUUUCUAUUUUUUGCCUUAUUUUGGAGUUUGAGAAUUAAGCUACAGCAUUAGGAAAUCAACAUCAACAACAAGAUUUUUAGAGCCGAGGAAGUUGUGUCCAUUUCAGAAGAGCAAAAACAUCAUCUUUUCUUAUGAAUUUGCAGUAAACAUGUCCCAAAUAAAAAGAUCACCAGUUUAGGUACUUGCUCACCGAAAAAGUGCCACCAAUGCUCUACAGAUAAAGCUGCUGCUGUUAGAAAUAGGCGACAUGACUUAUAUAGGCAAGUGCCAUCUGAUAGAAAGGAAGAACUUCUCCUGCAACGACGUACGAGAUAUCAAGAAUUGAACACUCAAAAUCUUAUGAGUACUUCCUCUGCUCUAUUGGCUACUGCUCAACCCCAACUAAGUCGGCAAAGAGGCAUCACUAUCACAGAGAGAUUACCCCACCGUGAAACAGGCAAUGGCCUUUGCAGUAACUCUUCUAUAGUUACACCAGGCAAAGGAAAAAAUAUAAUUGGCUGCUUUUCCACUUUUGAAAUCGGCUCAACGUCAGCUCAUCCCACUGAACAAAAUCAUCCAAACGCAACAACUACCAAUGCUGCAGGCUUGGCAGUACUCACACAUCAGUGGCAUGCCCAAAAGACAAUACCUCAUAAAAUCAAAGGAUAUAAAAGCAUUGUUCCCUUUCAAUAAGAAUCCCUUUCCCUUCUACGCUGGUUUUGAAAACAAACACACAGAUAAGAUCAGCUACCUCAAGGUUGGAAUACCUAAAGGGAAAAUCUUCAGCAUUAAUCCAAAGGUUCAUAUUGUUGUAAAUCGCCACAUAGAUACAAGAUCAUAUACCUCUCUUUAUAGUCUUACCACUGCCAUGUUUCCAGCCAUUUUCUCAUGUGAGCAGGUGCUCCGAUAUUGUUGCCUAAUGAUCCUCCAUCAGGUAGUCGCUACACUUCUGCUCUCCCUACAUAACAUAAAGUUUGAUUUCCACGUUGUUGUCUAUCUGGGUAUUUCAAAGUUGAUUUUAAAUUAAAAAAAAUUGCACUACUGUAAACUGCGUCUUUCUUAAGACCACUCAUAGUAAUAAAGACCGAGAAGAAUCAAUUUUUUAGGCCUUACUCAUACAAAUGUUUUCCUGAUUCAAUUGACAGCUAACCUCAUUGUUGCUGUAAGAUGAUAAGUUUUUCUUGUGUUUACUCUGGUAGCCGUGGAUUUGGCUUGUUUAGUUCAUGUGCACAUCUUGACUUCUGAAGGUGCAAGUAAAAUGUAGACGCUCAUGGUCGUGUUAUGAGUGGAGCUUAUUUACCGUGGUUAUAACACUAAUAAACUCAUGUGGACAAGUUCUCAGUAUGUCAUACAAUCAAUGCAUGCUUUCCAGUUGAAUUAUUGGGCCCGCACUGGCGCGGGUUCUUACACCUAGUAUGCUAUAAUGUAGAUGGUGGACCGUAGAGUUAUUUUUUUGAUUUCUUUUUUGUUACUUAAUAUUUAUAUUGAAAUUUGACUAAAUUCGAAUGUAUGCAUCCAGUGGAAAAUUUGUAUUGAUA